AUGCUUCGAGAGGAGUAUGAGAGAUUGCACUGCUGUCCCCCUCCCCCUCACCCAUCCGCUUCCAUUCAUUCUUCCACAAAUACCUAUCAAAUCCCUAAAGAUAUGGCUGUUGACGCUGAAGUGAUUGCGAAGAUCGAUGAUGGAUACAACAAGCUGCAGGCAGCCAGUGAUUGCCAUUCGCUCCUCAAGAAGCACCUCACCCGCGACGUCGUUGACUCUCUGAAAGACCGAAAGACUAAGCUCGGCGCAAACCUUCUUGAUGUCAUCCAGUCUGGUGUGGCAAAUCUCGAUUCGGGAGUUGGAGUCUAUGCGCCCGAUGCUGAAUCCUACACCACUUUCAAGGAGCUUUUUGAUCCGAUUAUUGAAGAGUACCACAAUGGCUUCAAGCCUGACCAGGUGCAACCAGCCACCGAUCUCGGAGAGAGCAAAGUUGGAGAGCUUCCCGAUCUUGAUCCUGAGGGCAAGUAUAUCAACUCGACUCGUAUCCGUUGCGGACGAUCACUCGCCGGUUUCCCCUUUAACCCUUGCCUCACCGAGGAGAACUAUUUGGAGAUGGAAAAGACUGUUCGCAACAUCUUCGAUCACAUUAAAGAAGGAGAAUUGGAGGGAAACUAUUACCCGUUAGAUGGAAUGACGAAAGAGAUUCAAACGCAACUCAUCAAGGAUCAUUUCCUCUUCAAGGAGGGAGAUCGUUUCCUCCAAGCCGCUAACGCUUGCCGUUUCUGGCCAAAGGGACGCGGAAUCUUCCACAACAAGGACAAAACUUUCUUGGUUUGGGUGAAUGAAGAGGAUCAUCUCAGAAUCAUUUCCAUGCAAAAUGGCGGAAAUGUAGGACAGGUAUUGGGCCGAUUGAUCAAGGGAGUGAAGACGAUUCAAGAGCAAGCCCCAUUCUCGCGUCAUGAGCGCCUCGGAUGGUUGACCUUCUGUCCAUCAAACUUGGGAACGACUGUUCGAGCCUCGGUUCACAUUCGACUUCCAAAGAUCUCGGCUCGACCCGAAUUCAAGUCGAUUUGCGAUGGGUUGAAGUUGCAGAUUCGUGGAAUCCACGGAGAACACUCGGAAUCUGAGGGAGGAGUCUAUGAUAUCUCGAACAAGGCUCGUCUUGGCCUCACCGAGUACGAGGCGGUCAAGCAAAUGUACGACGGAGUGAAACAUUUAAUCGAUUUGGAGAAGAAAGCCGAAACCGCA